AUGUCAUCAUUCUUCACCGUCCUCUCGCUGGCCACGGCCGCCGCAGCCCUUAUCGUCCCGGGCCUUGGCGGCCCGUACGCCGUCGGCUACAGCACCGCGGUCCUCACCGAUAGUAGCCGGCAGGACCCCUACGCGACGAUACCGCAGAAGCGCCGCGUUCUCGUCUCGGCGUACCUGCCUGUCGACGCGAGCAAGGCGCCGUGCCCGAAACAGACGCUGCCGUACAUGACGCCCGCCGUCGCCGCGCACUACGGCCAGGUCGCCGCGCAGGCCGGCCUGGCUAACGACACAUUUGCCAGGUUCGAGAUGGAGUUCUGCGACCUGAAGAAGCUGUGCGCCAAGAAGACACGCGGCGCCUUUCCAGUGGUGCUGUAUGACACGGGUCUCGGGACCUCGCGCAGCUUGUAUGGGGUAAAGGCGAGGAACUUGGCCAGCCAGGGUUAUGUAGUUGUCACAGUUGAUCACCCGUACGACGCGGACAUUGUCGAGUUUCCCGACGGCUCUGUGGUUGAGUCGGUUCCUUUCAACGGAACCGAGCCGGAGAUUGUCGGCUUCCAAAAUGUUCGCGUCCAAGAUCUCUCCUUUGUGCUCGCCCAGCUGCAGACCUCCGCCGUACGCCGCUCUCUCUUUGCCCAGUACCCUUCUGCCAUCGACUUUUCGCACGCCGCCGCCGUUGGGCACUCCCUCGGCGGUGUCGCCUCCGUGCUGCUCGCCUCCCAGCAGCCCCGCUUCGUACGCGCCGGCGUAAAUAUGGAUGGCGGCAUCCACGAGCCGCUGCUCAGCGCCGGCUCGUCCGCGCCGACGAUGCAGUUUGGGCGCGCGGGCCAUGGCGAGACGGACCCCUCGUGGGAUGCGCUGUGGCCGCGACUGCGCGGGCCGGCCGCCGAGCUGGCGCUGGCCAAUGCGACGCACGGCACCUUCACGGACGUGCUGACGCUGGCGGAGCCGUUUAUGGCAGGCCUUCCCGCGGAGGUGGUGGCGGGGCUGAAGGAGGGGUACGGGAGCAUCGAGCCGCGGGAGGCGGAGAAGGCGAUCGUGGGCGGGCUUCUGGCGGCGCUGGAGUUUGCAUUCGAGGGCAAGUCGGAGGGCGUGGAGAGCAUUCAUGACAAAUAUGCGAGCCUGGUGGUAGUGAGAAGCCACCUGUAG